CUCUCGAAAUGGUCGGUCGCUUGGACUUGUGCGAGGAGCAGACGAUGAGCUGCGGGGUGGAGCGCGGUCUGGACAGCCCGGACUCCGGCUUGCCUCCGAGCCCCUGCCCCGGCGCCUGGCUGCCGGUGUGCGCGGCGGACAAAGCCCGCGGCGAGAGCCCCGUCUCGGAGGACGAAGGUCGAGGCUGCACGGUGCCUGCGACUGUUCUUCACCUGCAGCCCUCAUGUUAUGGGGAGGGAAUAUGCCUUGAUCCGCUGCCACCGAAGGAGAUCAGAUACACCUCCUCUGUGCGCUACGACUCGGAGCGGCGCUUCAUCCAGAGCGUGACCCUUCAGCCGCGGGGUCAGGGUCUGGAGCGCUGCAGUCAGACCAUCACAGCCUUGUCUCACAGCACCUGGCGCCGCUACAAGACCCAGCUGGACUUUGAGCCGCGGCAGCGGGUGGACGGCUUCAGGAGCACCACCAUCGUCUACCCCAAGACCAGCAGCUGCGUCUUCGCCACGGAGCUGAGCUACGACCGCCAGAGACGCGCGCGCCGCUUCCUCUCCAGCGUCCAGCUGCAGGCGGCUGCAGGGGGGCAGCUUCCUCGGUGAGCCGCUCACCCCCUGCUGUCGGGGAGCGGUGGUAGCUGCACACCGAGUCACUUGUGUCCUUUUAAAUAGAUAUUAAACGCAUGUUUUACAUCACUGCCUCAUUUAAACUGUCCAUCGAUGACGGACGGCGAGAACUGUUUCAUGGUGUUGGACGUCUGCCUGUUACUCACCUUUACCCGGAGAGACCCUUUGGUUGCUUCACGCCGUGGUGUGUGUUUCUGCUCGACUUCUGCACUGCUGAGUUCCGUGUUGAUGAUGUGCCCCGCGACCGGAGCUGCAGUCCACUGCUGCCGCCGAUGUUUCACUCACUGUAUUUAUUGGUUUUAAUAUUUGCCGUUUUAUCCACCAGCGUGAGGGACUGCAACAGUGGUGGGUGGUGAUUCUCGCGGUCUGGACGCUUCUGUUUGGGAACGUCAUUUGUGUGAAAUAAAUUUGAGUCUAUGAGGCGGCUUUGUCUUGUUAAGCUCUUAGCACAGUUAAGUUGUUUCUGAGUCUGAGUUUAUCUGAGAUGGACUAGUUUUAUUUUCAGGUGCUGGAGCGCCCUCCAGCGGUCAGACAGGGAAAUACCACAUGUCUGUCCUGCAAGUGGAGAUUUGUUAAAGCCAGAUGCUGAAUCCCUGCAGCAACAAAGGUCAAGGUUGUUUUAUUUUUUUUUUACGUUGUUUUUAUUCAUUUAUAUUUUAUUUUUUGGUUAUUAUUGCACGUUGUUUGAAAGCACUUUCCUAGUUGGUGGGAUCCUCAGUGACUUUAAUAAAGCUGAUUCUCAUUCUGACAA